AUGGUUGCCGCGAAAACCCCUACAAAAGCAGCAAACGCCAAAACAGCAGAGGCUCGUGCAAAGCGUAAAGCCGAAAUUAAGCUGAAGGAGCUCCGCAAGAAGUAUGAUAACGGUGCCAAUCCCCAGUAUAAAGAGGAGUUAGAUGCACUUCAGCUCGCAUCGGUUGAGUCUGGUGAUAAGUUGAUGAAUUGUCAAACCGAUGUAGAAAUGGCCAAUAAGGAGGAAAUUGGCAUAGAUAAAAUGGACGUCGAUUCGCUCUUUGUUGAAGAAGGAGACAACGGUAGCGAUGGUCCAUCGUCUAGCAGCUCCCACAUCUCCUCAAAGUUGUCGUCCUCAAACUUGGGGUUCUCAAACUUGGCAGAGGA